CCAGUCGAAACCACCUCGAUCGUCUCCGGCCUCCAAUUCGCCCAACCGAUCAUCACGAAACGAUACGUAGCCUGGCCGCCUCACGAGAGAACUUCAAGGCAGAUCACGCACGUACGUCCCGGCGCCCAAGCAGAAACGCGCCUACGUACGUGUUCGAGGAGCAGCAAAACAACAAGCAAUGGCGCACAGCCCGUCGGCGACUUCCCUGAAGCGCAAGCAUCCCGACAGCGACAGCUCGUCUCCGACCGGCAUGUGCCCCAGCGGCUGCGGCUUCUUCGGCGCCGCCGCCACCGGCAAUAUGUGCUCCAAGUGCUACAAGGAGAAAGCCGUCCCCGCCUCCGAAACCACGGCGGCUCAGACGAGCGUCUUCGUCCCUGCCCCUGCAUCUCCCACCGCGCCGCCGGAGAAGAAGGCCAAGACCAUCGUCUCCGUCGCGUCCUCUGACGGUGCCGUGGCGUCCGUGAAGCAGCCAACGCCGGCGACGACGAACCGGUGCGCGACAUGCCGCAAGAAGGUGGGCAUGCUGGGGUUCCGCUGCCGCUGCGAGGGCACCUUCUGCAGCGUCCACCGCUACUCCGACAAGCACGACUGCGGCUUCGACUACAAGACGGCUGCCAGGGAGAAGAUUGCCAAGAACAACCCGAAGGUCGUUGCCGACAAGAUCGCAACGAGGAUCUGAAGCCCAGGGGAGACCUGGCUGAACAGCUUGUAAUUAGUGCAUGGUUCUUGAGAAUAGAAUUGAUGUUUCUGUAUUUUUCCUGUCGUCCUGUUAUAAUUAAGUUCCACCAUCCAUAUCUGAAUCCGUCAGGAUGAACACAAGCAGGUUGUACUGGUUCCAGAGGAUAAUAUGU